CCCGACUCUUCAUCCUUUUAUUUUUUUUCCAGCGAUUCCCACCACAGAAACCCCAACAAUGGGUUUUGUUAACAUGACGAAGUUCAUGAAGCGAUACAUGAUCCAGACUUUGUACACAGACGCAUAGGACCUCGGUACAUUCUACAUCGGUCAGCAGCUAUUCCUGGGGGUGUCUAACUUGACAGCAAAAGCUUUGUGGUCUACAAAUGGCGCAAGUAGAAAACAAGAGCAUAUUCUUCAACUUCCAAGUCCUCAAAGUUGCCAAUGCUCGCAAAUGGCAGCCGUUCAUGAUCGGAGGCGAGCAAUACUUCGCCGUGGCUAGCAACUCCAGGAACUCUGAUUCCCCGGUCUUCAAAUGGGUAGAUAACCAGUUUGUGCCUUUCCAAACUCUCCAAACCAAGAAAGCAUUCGACGUGGAGCCCAUCUUCAACGGCAAAGACGUGUUCCUGCUCCUUUUAUGGACCUUAUUCACAUAUCUUCAAGUGAUUUCGGUCUUAAAUGACAGACUUUGUUGUAGUCCAGUCAAUCUUAUGUUUAACCUAAAAGUAAUUGGAACACAAAUGAUUUCGGUCUUAAAUGACAGAGUAGCAUGUCCUUGAUAACUUCCCAAAAGUUCUUCAAAAUUCUAUUUUGUGAAAUUCUCGAAAUUCAACAAUAAACAAUUUUAUUGUCAUUCAUGGCGCACUUACCCUCCACUCUCGAAGAGAUCGCACUGCCAGUAAGCUCAAGACGGCCGACAAAACAUUUUUU